AUGACUGCCCCAGUCAGUCCCACAAAUGGACUGCCCAGUCAUGGCGCCAUAGUCAACGGGCAGCUGCAAUUGAACUUCGAUGUCAACCGGGAAGCUCCUGCCCUUUUACGUCGAGUCGUGCCCAUCGCAGGAUUGUGCCCACCAGACGAACCUCAGUGGCCUUUGACGACGCAAGAGACCAUUGACCGUCGUGAUCUGAGACCUUUCACCGUCAGAUACCAGGCUCAAUCGAAGAAUGCCUCUAUCAACCCGUUUCGACAGGAUGACAUCCACCGCGCCGUCCGUCAUCACCUGAGGCCACACUUUGAGGCACGCAAGCUGCAGACGAUGCCCGCCGUCAUCUUCGAGCAGGACACACUCGAUGACUCCAAGGACGCUGCGUGCAAUGACCUCAUAUGUCCGAGCGCAUUGGCUUUUAUCAUCGUGAUCAACAAUCUCAAGAGCAUCAAAAUCGAAUCCGCCAGCUGUUCGUCAUGCUUCUUCGCCCGUGUCAAUUGGACGAACAGCCUGCCGCCCAAUGUGAUGCCUUUCGAUCUGCUCAGACUUUCCGUCAGCUCUUCAGAGAGCGAGUCUCUUUUGGGCAGUCUCAAAGUCAUGCUGUCAGGCGUGGGUUUGGUCCUUGGUGUCGGUCGACAGGAGAUUGCUCAGUCGCACGACGCCCCCUUCUUGAGCACGAUGACUGUGCGCGGCUACGUCGAACUCAACGCGGCAAGCAUGGCUCUGCCCUUUCACGCCUUAGUGGACCGCAUUCCCACCCAUUUUCGAUGGAGGGGAGAGCUGUACAGCAUGUGGUACCCUGGUCGACCUCUGCAUAAGGUCGCGCUUCACUCGCAAGCUUUUCCAAUUGAGGAAGUGGUCGAAACGGAAGACGGUGAUCCGACCCUCUCUCCUGACGACGCUAGCAGCCAACCCAGCACAGAAGUGAGCACCCCAGAGGCCACAAACAAGCGCAAGCGCAGCGAAUGA